AUUACAUGCCUGGUCCAACAUAAUAAUACAUUGCUCUUGUUGUCCACUUUAUAUCUCCUGUUUUACUAUUUAUAUCUUCCUUCAAACACUACUCAUUCACUCGGGCUUGCUUCAUUUCCUUGCUUUCAUGCCAAGGUCAGGUGUGCAUUAUACAUCAGCAACCAUGAGCUUGAGGACAGCCUUGCUGUUACUAGCCUUGAUGGUUUCAGUAACUUCAUCUGUUUCGACAGAUAGAGGUACUUACAUAGUUCACAUGGACAAGUCGAAGAUCAAAAGUCUUGAGACAAUGAAAUGGCAUGAAUAUGUCAUGGACUCUGUUCAUAAAUUGUCAAUUCAAGAAAAUAAAGAAGAAGAAGCAUAUCCACCCAAUGUUCUAUAUGUUUACGAAACAACCAUGUUUGGUUUUUCUGCAACACUAACUAAAUCAAACCUAAGAUCAUUAGACAAAAUCAAUGGUUUUCUCUAUGCCAUUCCUGAUGAAAUGCUGAGCCUCCACACCACUCAUUCACCAGGUUUUCUCGGCCUAAAUCCUGGCAGCGGACUCUGGCAUCCCAAGAACUUGGCUUCUGAUGUCAUAAUCGGCGUUCUGGACACUGGAAUAUGGCCUGAACACAUUAGUUUCUUCGACACUGGCAUGCCUCCAGUGCCCUCAAAUUGGAAAGGCAAAUGCGAAGAGGGCACAAAUUUUACAAUUUCAAAUUGUAACAGAAAGCUAAUUGGAGCAAGAGCUUUCUUCAAAGGUUAUGAAUCUGUUAGAGGAACUAUUAAUGAAACAGAGGACUACAGAUCUCCCCGUGAUGCAGAAGGCCAUGGUACACACACUGCAUCAACUGCAGCUGGUAAUCUUGUACCAGGUGCAAGCUUUUUUGGCAAUGCUAAAGGCGCAGCUACUGGAAUGAUGUUCACAGCACGAAUUGCAGCAUAUAAAGUUUGUUAUGCUUUCGGUUGUUCAAGCUCAGAUAUUUUAGCUGCCAUGGAUACAGCUGUCAGUGAUGGAGUCAAUAUAUUGUCACUCUCAUUAGGUGGCAUCGCAAAGCCUUAUUAUGGAGAUAGCAUAGCUAUUGCAGCACUUGGCGCGUUUCAACAGGGGGUCUUUGUGUCAUGCUCAGCUGGGAAUUCAGGCCCCUAUAGCUCCACUGUUGGCAACGUCGCACCAUGGAUCAUGACUGUGGGUGCAAGCUCCCUUGACAGGAGCUUUCCAACCACAGUUAAACUUGGGGAUGGUCAACAAUUUAAAGGGGCUUCUUUGUAUUCCGGGAAAAAUAUUAAAAGCUUGCAACUUGUGUAUGGUGCAACUGCAGGUAUACAAGGGGCUCAGUACUGUUCUAAUGGCUCCCUUACACCGGAGCUUGUGAAGGGAAAGAUUGUAGUUUGUCAAAGAGGAGGGAAUAGCCGAGCCAAGAAAGCGGAACAAGUAAUGUUUGCAGGGGGUGCUGCAAUGCUGCUUGUAAACACUGAUAAUGAAGGUGAAGACAUCUUUGCUGAUCCACAUAUAAUCCCUGCAACUUCUUUAGGAGCUUUAGCUGGUAAUGCUAUAAAGAAGUAUGUCAACUCAACUAGACAGCCAUCAGCUUCAAUUACGUUUGAAGGCACAACAUACAAGAAUGUUGCACCAGUUAUGGCAGCAUUUUCAUCUAGAGGGCCAAGUUUUAUUGGACCUGACAUAAUCAAACCAGAUGUGACAGCACCAGGAGUGAAUAUCUUAGCCGCAUGGCCACCGAAUAUUAGUCCAUUACAGCUCAAGAGCGAUAACAGAAGCGUUAUCUUCAACAUAAUCUCAGGCACAUCCAUGUCCUGCCCUCAUGUUUCUGGAUUAGCUGCACUCAUAAAGGCUGCUCAUAAGGACUGGUCACCAGCUGCAAUCAAAUCCGCCUUGAUGACAACUGCUUACACAGUAGACAGCAAAGAAUCCCCAAUAGGCGACACGGGCUCAACAGAUGGUUAUGCAACCCCUUUUGCAUAUGGUUCAGGUCAUGUUGAUCCUGAAAAGGCUUCCAACCCCGGUCUCAUCUACGACAUCACUACAAUAGACAUCCAAAAUUACCUUUGCAGUCUUAAGUAUAACUCUACACAGCUAGCCCUGUUGUCGCGGGGAAAUCUCAGUUGUCCUGGUCAUUCAAAACAUGUGCAGUCACGCAACUUAAAUUAUCCAUCCUUCGCGGUAACAUUCAGCAAGAAGGCUUCAAAAAAUGUAACUAUUACACACAAGAGAACAGUCACAAAUGUGGGGACUGCAAAGAGUGUCUAUGUUGCACAGGUGAUUGCACCAAGUGGAACAUCAGUAAGAGUCAAACCAAAAGCCCUACAUUUUUCAAGUGUGGGCAUGAAAUUGAACUAUCAAGUCAGUUUUACUACAGUUGGACAAAGGCCUGGUCCAGGUAGUUCUUCAUUUGGCUCCUUAACCUUCACUUCUGGCAAAUUUAAAGUUAGAAGUCCCAUUGCAGUUACCUGUAAGUAAAUUUAUGUCUCAGAAAGAAGUAAGAUUUACUUGGCGCCCACAAAUCUCAAGAACAAAUAAUUAUGCAAUAGAUCAGAGACUCUGGACUGCAACACUUAUAUUCUUUUCUGUUUGUUUUCCGUUUAUGAAAGCAAGCAUAGCUGAUGUUUUCCACAAACAAUGUUUGUAUUGAAAGAGUAAUUUAGUUUAAAUCUAAGCAGUUGAGAAACUCCGGUUUUCAUUA